GGAGUAGCGCAACAGCUGCGCGGGGACGGAGCCGGGAGGAGCGGGAAAAACCUAGUAGAGCGGUGGCAGUCGGAUCCCCGCCUGUUAAGCCACAGCACCCGAGAUGCAUCGAGACUCUUGUCCACUGGAUUGUAAGGUUUAUGUAGGUAACCUUGGUAACAAUGGCAACAAGACUGAAUUGGAGCGAGCAUUUGGAUAUUAUGGACCACUCAGAAGUGUGUGGGUUGCAAGAAAUCCUCCCGGCUUUGCUUUUGUUGAAUUUGAAGAUCCCAGAGAUGCAGCUGAUGCUGUUAGAGAACUAGAUGGAAGAACACUUUGUGGCUGCCGGGUAAGGGUGGAACUGUCGAAUGGUGAAAAAAGAAGUCGUAAUCGUGGUCCACCACCGUCUUGGGGUCGUCGCCCAAGGGAUGAUUAUCGGAGAAGAAGUCCUCCACCCCGCCGCAGAUCACCACGAAGAAGAAGCUUUUCUCGCAGCCGGAGCAGGUCCCUUUCAAGAGAUAGAAGAAGAGAGAGAUCACUGUCACGGGAGAGAAAUCAUAAGCCUUCUCGUUCCUUUUCCAGGUCUCGUAGUCGCUCUAGGUCAAAUGAAAGGAAAUAGAACAUCGGCCUUCAAGAGGAGUGAUGUACAGGAAGUAGCCCUUCAUUUGACAGGAGCAUGUACAGAACAUUACAAGUUUUGUUUGAGCCUUCAUAAGCUCAGUGCAUUUUUAAAAUGUUUUAGCUGUUAAAUUUGUUUAUUGUCUUGUAACGGUGACACAUGUAAAGAUGUGUAUCUGUAUGGUUUGAAACAGAUCAUAUAAGGCAUGUAAUACCAAGAAUUUGUUACUUUACAAUGUUCCCUUAAACGAAAUUUUGAUUUCUAUUGAUUGCUAUUCAGUUUAUUUUGCAUCAAUUUGCAAAUAAACCCGUAAAACCUGUAGAGGCCAAAAAUGACAUCUUGACUGUGUCUUCUGGGGGAAAAUGACAGACCACAUUGGAGAGAGCCUUAAUUUUUGUCCACAGCAGAGUUCUAUAUGCAACUGCAGUUAAACAAUCCAGUGUUUCAAAGCUCCUCUUAGAACAGGCCAACAGGUAAAUUGGGAAAUUAAAAUCAUACUAAAAUUAAGACUAUUGUUCAAAAGAUGUGGCAGUUUGAGAAAAGAAGAAAACAAUUCUGAGUGGACACAUACCUUAAGUGAAAACCUUAGGAGGUUUCAAGGAUGUUUAGUUUUUCCACUAUAAGUCAUGGAUUUUUUUUUUUGGUAGUUUAAGCACCAUGAGUAAAUAACCAAUGAUAUUCAAAAUUAACCAUUCACACAAUAGUUUAAGGGUACAUUGUAGAGAUGAAACUUUUUUGAGUUACUGUGCAAGAUUUUUUUCAUGAUGUCAUUUGUAACAUGUUUUGUGAGAUCCUCGGGAUUAAAGUUUUGGUUACAAA